AUGGGGCUAUCGAAUUUCCCUACUUCAGCCGAAGGUGUACUUUCGGAGCUUGUAAUGAGCACGGUUCUCUCGGUGGCUCCAUCGAAGAACAUGGUGAGAUCUUUACUCCAAGUAACGGGUACAGCUUCUUCAAAUUUCAACAUCGAAGACUCGGAAGAAGAGACGAUGAACAAAACAAGGGUGAGGAGGGUAUCGUUGACAAAGUUCAAGUCUUUGUACCACGACAGAUGCUCCUCCCCCUCGUCGGAUUCGGUUCCGGGAACCAACACUUGCUGCGUGUGUUUAACCGGGUUUGAAGCCGAUGAGGAGGUGAGCGAGAUGUUUUGCAAACAUUUUUUCCCGCAAAGGUUGCUUAGAGAAAUUGUUUGGGAACAAGCAUAGUACAUGUCCUCUAUGUCGAUCUAAUCACUAGAAU